AGAUUGCAUGUACGAAAUAAAUAAAAUUUGCCACAAUCCACCCAUCCUGUUCUGACGAAAUGAAGAAAAAACGGAUAGAAUUAGCUUAUCGUUAGCCGAGAGAUUGCGACAACGAGUCGAGAGAAGGACGUAAACUUUGAUAAGAAUCUGGGAUUUCUCGUUUCAUCAGCGCCUGGAUCGGUUUUCGACAAGACACCGCCGCUCCCACUUUCCCUAUAACGACAUCAUCUGUUAGUUCUCAGAUUAUUUCGUCAGUUUUAUCAUUGAAUGAUGAUGCUUCUAUCGGUGUUGAUUCUCAUGGCACCUGCCGCAUUAUUAGCUGAGCCCAUGUUGUAUAUGUUCCCAACAAAUCCUCAACUUCAUCCAUCAAGUAUGUAUCCAAAUCAACAAUUUAUGCGUGGAAAAGUCAGAGAUCUUCCGGAUUCUGGAGUCAUUUAUUUGAAUCGGAUUAAACCAAUUGCUCAGGAGUUCCAACAAGAAACAACUGCCGAGGUAGAAGUUUCGGUGCAAAAUAUUCCACGUCACGGUAAAUCACCAUCAUCAUUUGAAAAGUACAAUUCUGUAGAAGAACGUUCUCCAACUAGACUCCCAAUGAUCACAACAAGCACUACUGCGCCUAAAAUUCUCAUUGAAAAGAAAGUCAAUCAGCAAAAGCAAGAAUUCCAAAAAUCAAAACAAAGUCAACUCUCGGUUCCCGAAGAAGCCGAAUUAGAUAGACUUCUUGACGAUUUGCUGAAAAGUGACAAUAUUCCAAAGAAAACCUUGCAAUUAGCGAAGAUCGGAAGAAGAAGUUCAAAGAGACAUGUCGGUGCUUAUAAACCAAAAGUUAUCUCAUUUGAUGGAACAGCUCGUGUUAAUAAGCAACAUGCUAGAGCUCAUGCAAGUCCAACUUCAAUUGGUCUGAAUCCAAUCAAGACUUAUGCUUACGGCUCUUCCUCUUCUCAAAAUCGUGGCCCAGAUUUUGAUCCGUGGGAGAGAAUGGGACAGUAAUAUUUCCUCGAAAUUUCAGUAAUAAUAAUAGUUUUUAAUUAUUUUCAGUUGACAUAAUAAUGACCUAAUCUUCUCAAUCUAUUGAUCUGAUAAUUAGUAAAUUUUAAUUUUAAAAUGUUGUUUUUCUGAAAAAGUUUUCUGUACCUCGCAUAGUUCGCAUUUAAUAUGAAUCAGAAGACAACUGCCCAUUUUUUCUAUUGUCCUCAAUUCUAUAUAAAUAUUUAUGAAAGC